AUGUCGCUGGCCAUGAAAGCUCGGCAGAAGGUGAAACGGAAAGGACCGGCAAAAGAUCGGGUCUUUGGGUGUGAUCUGGUGGAACAUCUACAGUCAUCUGGCCAUGAUAUUCCCCAGGUCCUGAAGAGCUGCACGGAGUUUGUGGAACAGCAUGGGAUCGUGGAUGGCAUCUACCGGCUGUCAGGAGUCUCUUCAAACAUCCAAAAAUUAAGACUUGAGUUCGACAAUGACCGGAAUUCUGAUCUCAACAAAGAGGUGUAUCUUCAGGACAUUCAUUGUGUGAGUUCCCUUUGCAAAGCUUACUUCCGGGAGCUGCCGAACCCCCUCCUCACCUACCAGCUGUAUGAUAAGUUUGCAGAAGCUGUGGCCAUCCAACUGGAAGAAAGCCGGCUGGAGAAGAUCAAGGAGGUGCUGAAGGAGCUGCCACCACCACACCAUCGAACCCUUGAAUUCCUGAUGAAGCACCUUGUUCGCAUGGCGUCUUUCAGUUCCCAGACCAACAUGCAUGUGCGGAACCUGGCUAUAGUCUGGGCCCCCAACCUGCUCAGGUCCAAGGACAUUGAAGUCUGUGGUUUCAAUGGCACUGCAGUCUUCAUGGAGGUCCGUAUCCAGGCCAUUGUGGUGGAGUUCAUCUUGACCCAUGUGGAACAGAUAUUUGGAGAUGCUCCUCUAUGUGGUGGCACCCGUGAAUCCAUCAGGAGGUCCCUGCUUGCUAUAUCCCCGGUGGUCCUUCCUGAGUACUGUACUCCCUACAAUGUGCCCGCGGUGCUGAAUCGAGGGGAUGGGCCCCCCCAGAUGAGACCUUACCACACCAUCAUUGAACUCAGCGAAAGCAAAAGAAAAGGGUCCCUCAAGGCCAAAAAAUGGAAGUCUAUCUUCAACCUAGGACGAUCCAACCACGACUCCAAACGCAAGUUGAAUAAGCCAGAAGACAAAGAGGACAAACUGGGUAAAAUACGGCUGCGUCCAGCCAAAAGCAUGGAUUCCCUCAGCUGUGUGCCAUCGGUUGGUGAUGAUGAUGCUCACCUGGGGAUAGAGAUAUCUUCAAAACACGAGUGCUUUGAUGGUCCAGUUUCACUCAACAGCAGCUUCUCCGAAUCCGGGUACGUGUCUGCCAAGAGUAAAUCUGAAGACACGCAGGAGGAAGCCACCAAGUCGGAACCCACCACCCCCAAAACCAGCAGGUCCAGUCUUGUUGGAGGGACCUCUCAAGGACGUUCGCCCAAGAGCUCCAGGAACCGGGCUGAGAAGUGUGCCGGGGUCCAUAUCUCAGGACCCUUCUCAGUCACCGUCCCAUUCCACAUCACCUCCAACCUCACUUUGUCCCGGCUGACCAGAGGCCUGGAGUGUCCAGCACUGAGCCACUGCACCGUGGAGACUCCGGAGGCCCUUUCUUCCAAUGGAGAAGACUUUCCCAGGGUGACAGAAGACAAGGAGAAACUGAUGUCCGCCCUCGCUGCCAAUGAGGAAGCAGAUGAAGGAACAAAUGUUGAAGCUGAAAUGGACCCUGAAGAGAGCCGGAUAUCUAUGGAAGUCGAGGACUCCUUCUCCUUCCUGGAUGGCGCCGACGCCUGGAUCGACACUGUGGUGGCAGAGGAUCAGCUGCAGCCAGAGGCCAGGCAGCGUCCGGAGGUUCCGCCACGUGGCUUGGAGAGCUUACCAAGCACGGAAGAUGAUUUGGGAAAUGGGUUUAUGCAUGAGAUGAUCGCAGCUGGGAUGGAGCUGGAGAUGUAUUCUACAAUGCCACACCUGGAUUACCUGUCCAUUGAAGAAUGCAUGAAUGAGCAUUCAGAAGGAGAAGAUGACCAGUACUAUCUCGCCAUGGGAUUCAUUGAGGAAGAGCCAUCUAAGGAGGUUGAUGUUGAGGAGAUCUAUCUGAGUGCUUUUGAUGACCUCAGCCCCUUAGCAAGCAAACUAGAACAUCUUCAGCAAUCUGAUGGACAUCAAACUCCUCACAUCCCCUCUCCAAAACUCACAGUGGAAGAUCAGACCUCCAGGACGGCUUCAGAAACCUUGGUUGAAGAUCCAAAGAGCUCACAUUUACCUGAACCUGGCCUGGAACAAGGUGUCUUCUCAACUUGUGACUUAGUAACCAAGGGCCUGGAUCCAAAAUUAGCCAAGCCACAUGAAAUAGAAUUGGAUUCCAGAAGCAACACCAAUGAGGUGGAAAGCCACCUGACUGACAAAGCUGAGAUAGAACCCAUUUUUUCAAUGCUGCAAAUCGAAGAUGCAAAUGUUGGAAGUGAGGUUGGUCUCUUUGUCCAUAAAACUGGAUGUCCUGAAGAAGUUGCUUACCUAAAAACUCUGGAUUCAGAAUCUGGGGUUAAAAAUGGCGAGGAUGAUAAGGUGACACACUUGUGGUUCAAGAGACAGGAGAAAUGCAUCAUGGAGAUGCUGCAGAAGCUGCUUCAUCUUUGCACGGACUCUGAAGACUUCUCCCUCACAGCCUCUCCUCCAAAACCUGGCCUAGAAAGUCUUCUGCAGAAACCUCAGGCUGGAUUGCCAGUGGAAGCUUCAUAUGCUCCAAAGCAUGAACUCUUGGAUGGAAGCGUCCACAUGAGGUUGGCAUCUAUUACUCCCCGAGUUCAGCAAGUGAAAUCGUUCCCAGUGGUGCCCCCGAAGCCCCAGUUUGCCAAGUUGCCUCCUUCCUUAAAGCCAGUGAUUCCCAGCAAGGAACAUCUCAUCCCUGUCCUAGUUAAGACCAGUGAGAAUGGGAACAAGCAGGAACUCAACCAAAGCUCUUUGAAAAGGCCUUUCCACCUGACCACCUUGGACCAAAAGACAGAACAUUUUCCAACAUCUCCUAGCGGCCCAUCCAGCUCUUCUGAGAAUUGUUGCAGCAAUUCAGACAUCCUCCCAAAGCAACGCAAUUCCAUGCCUGUGAGCUUGGAGAAGUUCAGCAAGGACUGUAAGAACGUGGAGGACAUCACCCCAAAGCCACCGCCUUCUUCACGGGACAAAUGCUUUUCGUGGACCAAGAGUGGAGAGGUUGGAGGCAGCAGCCUUCAUCUCAUGAAGGGCUUCCAACCAGGAAGUUUAGAGAAACAGAACAGCGGCCAACAUGACGAAGGGAAAGGAUAUCUCCCUGGAGCACAGAGAUCCACCAAGGAGGGUUUGGAGGUCACUCCCCAGAAGCAGCGCUGGAGCAACUGGCGCUACAGUGGAAGCAUGUCGUUCGAUGAGGCCGUGGCCCUCGCCAAGGAGAGGCACGUGGCCCAGGCUCCCAUGCAGAGAAUGCAAACCUACUCCUAUGGUGACAUGGAUGGUUCACAUGGAAGAUCCCGAAUGGAGAAGACUGCUCCUGCCCACAAGCCUGUCCUGACGUCUCCUCAAAGGCCGCUAAGUUGCAUAAGCCCAGCUGGACCUCCAGAAGCUCAUCUUCUGGGAAAGAUGCUUUGUCCUCCAGGCUUGCCUGACAGCAUCCCGGAAGGUCUGCACAUCCCGGGACAGGAAGGGUCCUCUUUCUCUCAGGACUUUCCUCUGAGGAACAGAGUCAGCUUAUCCAAGAUUGGAAGGCGCUUGUCCGUGUCUGAUGAAGCCUGCUUUGGAUUGUCCCACGAGCAGAGGUGA